AUGGAAAACUUGAUUUCUUUAAAGAUAAAAGAUACUGUUUUGCUUUAUGAUUCACUUACUAAGCUUGAUGGAGGAGCCUUCGGGGAAAGUUAAUAUGUUGCUCUUAAAGUUUAGCAUUUAAAGAAACUUAGAGAAUGCAAUGAUCAACAAAUUUCAGCCGAAUUGCUCAGACUAUUCAGAGAAAUAUCUUGUAAUUAGCUUCAUCAUCCCAAUAUAGUCAAAACUUUUGACUCCUACUUCACAUAUGAUGGAGGAUUCGUAAUGACGAGUGAAUUAGCUUAGGAAAAUUUGCAAUCGUAUGUCAUAAGAAAAGGCAAGGGAAAUAUAACUUUAGAAGAGGUUGCUUAGAUUAUGUCUGAUGUCAUAAACGCUCUUGAAUAUAUCCAUAAUUACAAUAUCAUUCAUAGAGAUAUUUCACCACAAAAUAUCCUUGUCUAUGAUGAGAAAACUUUUAAAAUUUGCGAUUUCGGGAUUGCAACCUAUGGAGAAUUAACUUAGAUUGCAGGAGGAAAAAUUGAUUAUAUAGCACCAGAAAUCCACCAAAUGACUGGUGAAUAUGAUAAAAUGAUAGACAUUUGGUCUCUUGGAGUACUUCUUCAUUUUAUAUGUACUGGGGAAAGUACUUUUAAUGGUAAACCAGCCUGUAUUGCCAAAAAGGAGAUAAACUAACUUCUUUUGCCACCUCAAAUCACAAUAAAGACCCAAAAUAACGCAACUAAAAGAAUAUUUCCAAAGUUUAAUUGA